AUGACAAAGACACGGGGCUCGAUGUUCAUGAGCGGGAAGGACGGGAUCAGAAAUGAGUCAGAGGGACGAGAUGGUUUGAGGACGAGGGUACUUUUGGCACAGAACGGUUCCACCAGCGUCACGGCCUACGCCUCAAGCUCACUGAUGUACGAUGUAGCCGGCACAGCCAUCCUCUACCGGCCAGGAUUACUCCUCCCUCUGAUCCCAACAGAAAACUUUGCCUGCUGCUUUGUGGUCACAGCAAUAUCCUCGAUCUCCAAUAACUACGCCGUGAUCGUGGUCAGCAGUAACGUCACCGACGGGGUUCGUGUUGGAAAUGACCGCAUAUCAAGUGCAGAGUGGAGCAAACUGGAGGGGACUAAUUACAGCUCGGCACAAGUUACUCUGGGUUUGGUUGAAACUGUCAUCUGGCACACUUCCUCCAAAAUGGCCGUCUACUUUAGUGGGAACAAUGGCAGCACUUCGUUUGGGAACCAGGCACCUGUCGUCAGUUCAAGCCCAGAAGAACGCAAAGGCUGGCGUGAAUCUUUUAAUACCUGCGCUAAGAGCAAAAACAAAGAGCUGCUCUGCCUGUCAAGCACCGACCUCCAGAAACAGAUCUAUGGCAAACUUAGCCAGCACACGUCUUUAGCUAACACUGUACAAAAGGUGUGGAUCGGCAUGCGGCGCAGCUCGCUGAACGGGGAGUGGUUCUGGGUGAACGGGCACAGCGUCAACAGCACCAACUGGGGUGGCGGUGAGCCCGGUGGGGUGGAGGAAGGCCAGUGCACUAUCAUGCGUCUGGGAAACGGCACGGGCGUUGAGUGGAGCGAUGACGAUUGCUGCAUGGGUGCUCAUUACAUCUGCUACAAGGGGCCGGAGCUCUUCCCCAUAUAG